AUGAGACCACGACUGCGCGACAUGCAAAGUCGAAUCACCAAGAUAUUGACCGGUGUAGGGGAUUUGGAGGCCAGGCUGGAAUCACAGAAUAGCCCGCCCGAGUUUCAACCUUUCAGCACAGAACUCAUUGAUACGGGUCGAUUUGAGCGGUUGCCGCCUCCUCAUAUUGUGGAUGAGCUAACAAGCAUCUACUUCAACAAACUCCAGUCCGACUCAUUCAUGAUUCAUGGUGAGAGGUAUAUCGCCUCUCUGUACAGACCGGCACAUAUGCAACCACCAAUGUGUCUACAAUAUGCAAUCCUAGCCGCUGGAGCAAGUGCAUCGCAGACACACGCAUAUAUGGCCGAAGCCUUUUACGUACGAUCAAGGCAGUAUAUCCAAGCAGAUGAGAUGAAGAGCGAUAGUGAGCAGGUCUCGUUAGCCCACUGUCAAGCUUGGGUUCUCAUAGGCCACUUCGAGGCACAGCACUUGUGGUUCUCGAGAGCAUCAAUGAGUAUCGCCAGAGCUAUUCGAUUGGCGCACAUACUAGGUCUUCACCGUCUAGACGCACGGGAUUUCACCGAGGAGGAGGAACGAAGAAAAACGUUUUGGACAGUCUUUACGACUGAUCGGAUCACGAGCAGCACUGGUGGUUGGCCCACCAUGAUGGACUGGCGAAGCAUACAAACCCGGUUGCCGACAUCGAUUGAUGCUUUCUUGUCUAGCACCCCAGUGGCUACCAUAACACUCAAGCAAGCUCUUGGCCAAGGCAUGUUCGAGCUAUCCACCAGCGCCUGCAGAGUCGUCGCAGUUCACUUGUUUAACGAAUGUUUCAACUUCUCCAGAGCAAGCGAGGAAGAUGAAGACAAUAACGACUGGACCCAACUUCAAAAACUAGACGAGGCAGUGACUAACGCUUUCGCGACUCUGCCUUCGGACUUGCGAUGUCCUGACAACAUGGACAAUCCCGCGGCUGUUCUCAUCAACCUACAGUUGCACACAGCGCUGAUUUGCAUUCAUCGUUCAGUGACAACUCGUUCACAGAUGGAUAUGUCGCUUUUGCCACACAUAAACACUCGAUGUAUGGAGUCUGCGCUGCAAAUAAUGAUGACAGUCGCACUGGUCUCGGAUCUUAGUAUCAGGUUCCGGAAUCCCCUUGUGUCCUUCGCUACUUUCGUCGCAGCAUCCUUCUUCCUAACGGACUUUUCGACGACGGGUAAUCGUCAGAGCGAAGAUAACUUUACGGCUCUCAUGAGUGUCAUGUCCGAGGUUGGCAAGACCAACAUGUUUGUGGCGUCGCUGGCUGUUCGGCUGGCGCAUAACAUGAGAGCUUCUGCUAUAGAUCAGAAUACAGUGGGAAAGGUUGGGAUGCUCAUAGCUGAUCUUGACCUUGAUGUGCCGAUUCCUGGUCAAGAAGAUGCUGAGAAUGGAAUCGUGGUGCUUUGUCCUGUUGCAGGAAAACAUGAUCAUGGUGACGUGGAUCACGAUAUUGCCUCCAGCUACCCUUCAUCAAGAGUCAUGCAACGUAGGGCAUAA